GAUAGCAAUUACAUUCUCUUUAUACCCCGUCGAGAUGGGCCUGGGCCGGGCAGACGCUUUGGCCGACAUUGAAUCCUCCUUUAGUCUCUCCUAUGCCUCUCUGUGUGCUGGUUAGCUGUACCACUGCCCUCAUCAACCCCUCUUAUCACUACCCUCAUCCUUCCAGCUCCAUCCUCUCUGUCUCGGAAAGAAAAAGUACUGUUAGGCCUAGAUCCAAACUGUGAAAUAAGGAAUAUUCUGCUUGUUUUAUAUCCCCUCUCAUCCUGGAGGUGUCUGAAGUGUGAACAGACAGUAAACUAGAAGUUGUGGCUGAGAGCAGGGAGGGAGGGAGCACUUCACAGACGGGUGACAAGUUAACAGGCAAUUAUUGAGCCUGGGUUUUCUUUUGAGUUGCUUAGACCUACUUUUUGUUCAUCGUCCUGUUUAUUUGUUUUUGUAAAUACUUGUACAGUCGCCGGCUUAGUAUCUUCACGUUUGCUAAUAAAAGCCUCACUCUGGGCAAGAAAAACCACUUCUUCCUUGUAUGCCUCCUCACUGUUAAUCCUACCGCAUGGUCAACCUCACAGCUACACUUAAUGUUAGCCGUCCUUGUUUGUCUGUUAAUCUUUCAUCUUACAGUACAUGUUGAUACAGUGGUAGCUGGCCAGUGGCUUUCCAGUUGAUGCUGGUGGUCUAGCUGAGUGAAUGGAGUGAGUAAUGUGUGUGAGAAGUGGCAGCAGUAGUCUGGGCUCCAUGCCCAGUCAGUCCAUGAACAUUUCAUUAGUUGUUCAUCACAGACAAUGGCGUUGUGCUUGAAGGACACAUCAGAGAACGAGGGAGAUUUUAAUGUUUGUGAGGCUAGAUGUGAUUUUCAUAGUCAUUAUCCUGCAAUGCUUUUCUCAUUUUAGAGUCGACUUGAUGGCCUUGAACGGCGUUUAUGGACAUAAUGUUUUGAUAUAGACUGGUUGGUUGUUUAGCAACAACGCGGUUGGCUUAGACUGUUGACAACAUGUAAACUACACUGAGUAUACCAAACAUUAGGAACACCUUCCUAAUAUUGAGUUGCCCCACCCCACCUUUGCCCUCAGAACAGCCUCAAUUCAUCAGGGCAUGGACUCUACAAGGUGUCGAAAGUGUUCCACAGGGAUACUGGCCCAUGUUCUAUCCAAUUCUUCCCACAGUUGUGUCAAGUUGGCUGGAUGCCCUUUGGGUGGUGGACCAUUCUUGAUACACACAGGAAACUGUUGAGCAUUAAAAACCCAGCAGUGUUGCAGUUCUUGACACAAAUUGUUGCGCCUGGCACCUACUACCAUACCCCGUUCAGUGGCACUUAAAUCUUUUGUCUUGCCAUUCACCCUCUGAAUGGAACACACACAAUCCAUGUCUCAAGGCUUAGAAAUCCCUCUUUAACCUGUCUCCUCCCCUUUAUCUAAACUGAUUGAAGUGGAUCAAUAAGUGAUCAUAGCUUUCACCUGGAUCCACCUGGUCAGUCUGUCUUUAAAAGAGCAGGUGUUCUUAAUGUUUUGUAUACUCAGUGUAUAUUUUGUCUCCAAGUCUUUAUUGAAAACAAAUACAUUUACACAAUGAGCACUUGUUGUCUCUCAAAUACAUAAUUACAGUUGUUGGUUAGCUAGCUAGCUAUUUUUCGCUAUAUUAGCAUAGACAUGACAAAAAUACAUGGUAUCAAUAAUAAAAUACAAGUUGAAACGAGCCACCUACAAUUCCCCACAUGGCAGCUUGUUGUCAUUGUUGCUAGCUAUCUGACCGUUCAGAAUCAUAACAAAGCACGCCUUCCGGCCACCGAUGCGUGCACAUCAUUUUCAAUUUUCAUGACGUUGUCAGCCAACCCGUCUAUAGACGUCAGCACCAUAACCCUAGUGAAGAAUGACAGGAGUUCUUUUAGAAUAUUAUUAGCCCAUGUUUCAAUAGAAUAAUGAUGAGUGGGCUCUCUUUAUUGAGCUCAGUACAUUACAGUGUGUUACUGUACCACACAGAGGAUGAAUAGUGUUCAGUUCAGCGACCUCUUCUGGGGUUUCUACUCUCUCUGUUGGAAGCGCUCUUUGAUGGAUGUUGAGAUACUAAUUCUCCUCCUACUCUUUCACUCACUCCGUGUUUGACUCGGUCCCUCGUUCUGUACAGAGGAGGAGAGGAUGGAGGGGGUGCUUUGAUCACACUGAACAUUGGCUGAAAAGAGACCCUUGUGCUCCUCCUGUUGAGUUGCGCGCACACACACAUACACACCACUCCAGCUCUGCCACUGGGCUCAGAGGCACACCAUGAUCUGCAUGCAUAUACACACACACACACACACACACACACACACACACACACACACACACACACACACACACACACACACACACACAUACACACAUACAUACAUACAUACAUACAUACAUACAUACAUACAUACAUACAUACAUACAUACAUACAUACAUACAUACAUACAUACAUACACACACACAAGUGAGACCUACAGAAGUGAGCUUGACAGUAAUGGGGAAUUGGUUAUACCUUUUGUGCUUUUCAAAUUACCAUAAUCAUCCGCACAACAAUAUCUCUCCGCUCAUCAUCUCAAUCAUCCUCCCUGCUACAAAGCUGUUUGAACACCACUCUGAGGGGAAAAGCAUGUAUUUCUGCAGAGAAAAUAACCUGUUUGCUUGCCAUAUUGAGUUUCCUCCAGCUGAGACAUUCAUUGUGACCAGAGAGCAGAGUGAAGGGCAUGUUGCUCUGAGCAGGUCAGAAUAGAACAGUCACAGUGUGACGUCGUGAGAGAAGGUGCUGAACAGUUAGACUUCUCUGGCUCUUUCUGUUUCUGCUUUCAGAGAUGAAUGAACCAACAUAUUUUAAAUGGCUUUUCACUUCUACUUUUCACAUGACCAGAACUAUACUAACAAAUAGGUCUACUUUAAAGUCGCCGUUCUAUUCUGACUUCACUUUGGUUCCUGUAGAGACUAGUAUGGACGUAGACCCUGUACCGCUCUACAGUGCCAGCUCUGUGCUGGAUAGUAGUACCCUCCUCCCAUGCUGUGUAACUAGCCAACUCUUCAAUAGCAUCAUUUGACAUGACAAUGAAUGAGGCUAGGAUUACAGCGUAUUGUUUGCCAAAAGUAGCACACUGCAAUUUAAUUUCCAUGCGAUUUAAGGCUAAUGAUACCCCCUUCUUCUCCCUGACAGACGUAGCCAACGGUUCCAGUUCGGGGUACCGGCCGCCCCCCAGGACGAGAGAGGUGGUCAUCAAUGGGCAGACAGUCAAGCUCAAGUACUGCUUCACCUGUAAGAUCUUCAGACCACCGCGUGCCUCUCACUGCAGCCUUUGUGACAACUGUGUCGGUAAGUCAUAUAGUUAGGACCGCACACAUGCUGGGAGGGUGGGCGGACUGAAGGUGAAGUGGAUGUGUGUUUGCUUGUGUGUGCAUAUCUAUUUGUAUGUCCCUUUUUGUUUGUGUGCUCUGCAUGUACACGUAGCUAAAAGCUAUGUCAUGUCACAGGGAUAUCUCUCCAUAGGAAUGUUUAAUAGAGUUAUCUACUGCUAGGGUGUUCCACAGAUCAACCAUGGGCCUUCCAGCCUCCCCUCCAGGCCCACCUGAGACUCAGUGAGCACUGCUCAGCCUCCCUCCUGUUGUGUUUGCCUGUCCUGUUCCCAGAGAUGGUUCCCAUAUGGCCAGGGAUUUAUUGGCUCAUUAAUGCCUCGCAGAGCCGAGGAAGAUAGAUGAUAUAACCUUUAUUAUGAGAACAGAAUCCCCCCCCCCCACUCCCUGUUUCAUAACUCACUAUGUGAAUCACCCACCGUGGCGUGUUCUGUUGUACCCACUGAACAACAACUUUCUGGGCUUCCUUCUCUAGCUCCCUCUAUCCAUUCUUCUCCACCCACCUGCAGUGCACCCUAUCUCUCCUAUCCCCUCUUUCUGUCAUUCUGACUGUGGCAGAAAAACGGGCCACUCCCCGAGGUAAUGGAGGAAGAAACAGGAGGAUUUGCUUCUCUCUCUUCCACGUGAGCAGUGAGCCUGCUCUCUAGGCUUCUUCUCUCUCUGUCUGGCCUGCCUGAGAUUCAAUGACUGGCCUAGGGUUCUUCUCAACCUCCUCGACACAGAACACAUGGCUGUGAGGAGAGGCCCUGCCAACUCCUCUCUUCCUCUCCUCCUCUACCCAGCUCCCAUCCCACUAAUACCUCCUCAUAACAUUCUCUGUUUGUUUUUCUCUCUUCCAUAAGCUUCUCUCCCAGUUCCCUGAUACAGCAUGCAAAUUAUUGAUCAUCUUGACAUACACUACCGUUCAAAAGUUUGGGGUCACUUAAAAUGUCCUUGUUUUCCAUGAAAACAUACAUGAAAUGAGUUUGAAUAGGAAAUAUAGCAAAAUGAAUUGGAAAUGUAGUCAUUGUCAAGGUUAGAAAUAAUGAUUUUAUAUUGAAAUAAUAAUUGUGUCCUUCAAACUUUGCUUUCGUCAAAGAAUCCUCCAUUUGCAGCAAUUACAGCCUUGCAGACCUUAGGCAUUCUAGUUGUCAAUUUGUUGAGGUAAUUUGAAGAGAUUUCACCCCAUGCUUCCUGAAGCACCUCCCACAAGUUGGAUUGGCUUGAUGGGCACUUCUUAGGUACCAUACGGUCAAGAUGCUCCUACAACAGCUCAAUAGGGUUGAGAUCUGGUGACUGUGCUGGCCACUCCCUUAUAGACAGAAUACCAGCUGACUGCUUCUUUCCUAAAUAGUUCUUGCAUAGUUUGGAGCUGUGCUUUGGGUCAUUGUCCUGUUGUAGGAGGAAAUUGGCUCCAAUCAAGCGCCGUCCACAGGGUAUGGCAUGGCGUUGCAAAAUGGAGUGAUAGCCUUCCUUCUUCAAGAUCCCUUUUACCCUGUACAAAUCUCCCACUUUACCACCACCAAAGCACCCCCAGACCAUCACAUUGCCUCCACCAUGCUUGACAGAUGGCAUCAAGCACUCCUCCAGCAUCUUUUCAUUUGGUCUGCGUCUGACAAAUGUUCUUCUUUGUGAUCCGAACACCUCAAACUUUGAUUUGUCUGUCCAUAAAAAUGUUUCACAAUCUGUCCAAUGUCUGUGUUCUUUUGCCCAUCUUAAUCUUUUUAUUGGCCAGUCUGAGAUAUGGCUUUUUCUUUGCAACUCUGCCUAGAAGGUCAGCAUCCCGGAGUCGCCUCUUCACUGUUGACGUUGAGACUGGUGUUUUGCGGGUACUAUUUAAUGAAGCUGCCAGUUGAGGACCUGUGAGGCAUCUGUUUCUCAAACUAGACACUCUAAUGUAUUUGUCCUCUUGCUCAGUUGUGCACCGGGGCCUCCCACUCCUCUUUCUAUUCUGGUUAGAGCCAGUUUGCGCUGUUCUGUGAAGGGAGUAGUACACAGCGUUGUACGAGAUCUUCAGUUUCUAGGCAAUUUCUCGCAUGGAAUAACCUUCAUUUCUCAGAACAAGAAUAAACUGACAAGUUUCAGAAGAAAGUAUUUUGAUUCUGGCCAUUUUCAGCCUGUAAUCGAACCCACAAACUGCUGAUGCUCCAGAUACUCAACUAGUCUCAAGAAGGCCAGUUUAAUUGCUUCUUUAAUCAGCACAACAGUUUUCAGCUGUGCUAACAUAAUUGCAAAAGGGUUUUCUAAUGAUCAAUUAGCCUUUUUAAAAUGAAAAACUUGGAUUAGCAAACACAACGUGCCAUUGGAACACAGGACUGAUGGUUGCUGAUAAUGGGCCUCUGUACGCCUAUGUAGAUAUUCCAUUAAAAAUCUGCCGUUUCCAGCUACAAUAGCCAUUUACAACAUUAACAAUGUGUACAUUGUAUUUCUGAUCAAUUUGAUGUUAUUUUAAUGGACAAAAAAAGUAUUUACACAACAGUUUAAAGCUAAGUUCUGAAAUGCACCUGCCUUUUAUUAUAUUGUGUAUUUACAUGCCCAGGCAUAUCUUAGAGGUGUGUUGAGUGGUGUCUGAAGCAGUCAGCCUGGUAACAGUACUGAGUGGUGUCUGAAGCAGUCAGCCUGGUAACAGUACUGAGUGGUGCCUGAAGCAGUCAGCCUGGUAACAGUACUGAGUGGUGUCUGAAGCAGUCAGCCUGGUAACAGUACUGAGUGGUGUCUGAAGCAGUCAGCCUGGUAACAGUACUGAGUGGUGUCUGAAGCAGUCAGCCUGGUAACAGUACUGAGUGGUGUCUGAAGCAGUCAGCCUGGUAACAUUGAAGAGUGGUGUCUGAAGCAGUCAGCCUGGUAACAGUACUGAGUGGAGUCUGAAGCAAUCAGCCUGGUAACAGUACUGAGUGGUGUCUGAAUCAUUCAGCCUGGUAACAUUGAAGAGUGGUGUCUGAAGCAGUCAGCCUGGUAACAUUGAAGAGUGGUGUCUGAAGCUGUCAGCCUGGUAACAGUACCAGCACAUUGGACUCCACUAUAAUGGUCCUCUCCCACCUGUCAGCUCAAAGUCCUCACACAGUCACCAAAGUCCCUAAUGGAGGUCUCAUAUGAUGCUAUUAUCCAUGUGCCCACAGUACCACUCAUUCACAGACCAACUAAACUCAGCAGCAGAGUUUGGAUAUGGGCACACAGCUUCCAUGGCAGCCUCCCUCCCUCCCUCCCUCCCUCCCCUCUGUGUAAUAGGUCCUAUUUGAAUAGGCAGCAGCAGCAGUCUGAAAGAUUAACUAAUCAUGCCAGGGCUCAAAGGGAACGCUUACUUCCUAUAAUGUACAUGUAAUGUGGGAUGUGGAUCACUGCCAUUAUAAUCACAGUUCACAUUCUGCCAGGGAGGUUUAGGUAGGAGUGUGGUUAAGGAGUCAGGAAGGCACAGUGCUGUCUCUGUGUGACAGGCACUUGUAACUCAAAAUCGCAACCUUUAAUUUGGCAUCAAGGUGGCAACAGUAAACUGUGUGUGGGCAUGGUUUAAACUUGACAUACUGUGUGCCUUUUGUACCUGCAGCCAGCUUCCUCUCACUGGCAGGUUGGCAGUGCCUCAAAGCUAUAGUAAACUCUAUGUUAAUAUUCCAGCUACAGCUUAUUCUUCCUCUGUCAUUCUCUCUUUUUCUCUCUCUCAUUAUUUCUCUCUGUCGUUCUCUCUCUUUCUUUGCCACGCUCUCUGUCAUUCUAUCUCGCUCUCUCUGGACCCUCCCCUUUUCCCGCUGUGUGUUUCUUUCCCAAGCAUUGUUGCACUUGCUUAAUGUGUCUUUAAUGCAAGUCUCUCUCUCUCCGCAGAGCGUUUCGACCACCACUGUCCCUGGGUGGGGAACUGUGUUGGGAAGAGGAACUACCGUUUCUUCUACAUGUUCAUCCUCUCCCUCUCCUUCCUCACAAUCUUUAUCUUCGCCUUUGUCAUCACACACGUCAUCCUGCGUAAGUAGUGGCCAAUAAAGAGCACACACACACACCUCUUCCUCUUCAUCUGAUCCUGGUUGUGUUGGAGCAGCCAGCCAGCAGGCUGUAAGUGGGCGUUGUGAAGCCCAGCAGUAUUAUGGCUCCUUACCAUCCCCCCAAGUGUGAGAACAACAAAAAAGUGUUGAGAAAAAAAGAGCAGAAGUAAAAAUAAAGUGACAGUAGGGAGGCUAUAUAUACAAUAGAAUAAAGUGACAGUAGGGAGGCUAUAUAUACAGGGGGGUACCGUUGCAUAGUCAAUGUGCGGGGGCACCGGCUAGUUGAGGUAGUUGAGGUAAUAUGUACAUGUGGGUAGAGUUAAAGUGACUAUGCAUAAAUACUUAACAGAGUAGCAGCAGCGUAAAAAGUAUGGGGUGGGGGGGCAGUGCAAAUAGUCCGGGUAGCCAUGAUUAGCUGUUCAGGAGUCUUAUGGCUUGGGGGUAGAAGCUGUUGAGAAGUCUUUUGGACCUAGACUUGGCACUCCGGUACCGCUUGCCGUGCGGUAGCAGAGAGAACAGUCUAUGACUAGGGUGACUGGAGUCUUUGACAAUUUUGAGGGCCUUCCUCUGACACCGCCUGGUAUAGAGGUCCUGGAUGGCAGGGAGCUUUGCCCCUGUGAUGUACUGGGCCGUACGCACUACCCUCUGUAGUGCCUUGCGGUCAGAGGCCAAGCAGUUGCCAUACCAGGCAGAUAGUGGACUUCUGAUGUGUGUGUGGUGGGUGGGAGAGUGGGUGGGUGGGUGGGAGAGUGGGUGGAUGUGUGCUGGGCUGGGAAAACAAACAGAAGAAAAUAAAGACACAUUAACCAACAGAGAAUACUCUCUUCAAUUCAUGUUUCUUUUGUAUCCUUCUCUAGAUUGUGAAAUAUUGACUUUGUGGGCAUGGGUGAAAUAGAAAUAGUGGUCUCCUUCUUUCAGAGAAGUCUGCUCUGUUUACAAUGUUUUAGAUUGAGUCUGCCCCCAUCUCUACAGCAAGGUUAACACGCCUCUCUCCUGUACAGCCGAUAUAAUUACAGUCGUCCUCUCAGAGGAGCUGUGGAGGGUACCUAGCUAGAAACACCUGUCACUGUUAUGGAUAAGAUGAGAAACAUGAGGAUCAAUAUGUCUCUGGUGACCGAAUUGGGCUAGACGGCCAUAUUGGAUUGUGCUCCCUCUCUAUCCUCCCUUUCCCAGAUGGCAGUUCAAAUGUAAUGGCAAUUAAAGUGGGUGUGCUCUGUCUGGCUCAGCCUCGGCAUACUUGCUGACCUCGCCCAUUUGGUUUGAAUAGAGAAGCUAAGUGUUUAUGGCAUAUGAUAUCCAAUCCACCCUGCAUUAUUCUGUGUAGACCUAGGCACACUGAAGGCGUAUCACUCUGUUAGGUGCCAAUACAGGCAGGUGCCCUCCCUUCUGCUGCGCUCGGCACAUUCAUAAACCUAGCCUAUUAGUCAAAGCAUUUCACUGUAGACUGACGGUGUUGUCUCUUUUUGAGAGAGGCUGUCACUCCCUAGCAUUGUGUGAGAUUCAGAUAUUGUAGGUGUUUAGUGGUUUGACCUUCAUACUGGUAUGUUGUAUGUUGUCAGCUUUGAGGGUAUUAGGCCUUAUCCCCUACCAGCCUACAGUACAUCUGGCUUAGCUCCAUUCAAAGCCAAGCUCUGUGGCUGACCUAAUUGCCAGCCAUGAUUCACAGCUAAUUUGUCAGUGAUAUGAUAGCGAGGAAUCGGAUUAAAGACAUUUUUUUUUUUUUGUUGAAAGUUUUUAACUGUCAUUAAACUCUCCUCUUGUCUCUCUCUGCAGGAUCCCAUCAACAUGGGUUCCUCAACACACUCAAAGACAGUCCUGCCAGAUAUCCUUUCUCACAAUAGUGAUCUAUAUGCAAAUUGUGUGUGUGCAUGUAUCAUGUUACCCUUGAUGUCAGGUCUGUGCCAUUCCCUGGCAAUUGCAUUUUACCUACCACUCCCUGUCUCUGCCAUGCUGUGACCUGUUCUGUUCCUCAGCUGUGCUGUGCAUGACUGUUGUCCCUGAUGACUCCUACUCUGAAAGGCUUACAUGACACGCAACAGGUGCCUCUGUCUCCCUGGCUUUCUCUCUCCCUCCAUCCCUCCUCAUCCACAGUAUUUCUCUCCUUCCAUCCUCCCUCAGCGGUUGCUGCGUUCCAAACAGCAGGAUUUGUCAUGUCGUGUCCUCCCAGAGGUUGACAGCUGCCUGGGGUGGAGAGGACAAGGAGGGUGACUCUAGCUGACCCUGUGGUUGACCCUGUUGUUACUACUGUUCAAAAGACUGCAGAAGCUAGCUAACCCAUAGUCUCUGCGCAACAGUUUCUGAGAACAAUUUGGGGCGAGAAGUGUUUUUUUCCCCCCUGGUCACAUGUCACAUGGAUGUAGUUUUUAGAAUGCUUUUUAGUUACAAAUCGUCUUAUGUAAAGCCUCACUAUUGCGCUUUUCUACAACUAUUCUGUAACCUCUAUUAAUGUGAGGUCAUAGGAAAGACGGUGUCUCUAGUCACCCCUCCAUGCCGCUUAUCCAUCAGACGACUGUAGACUGUAUUCUCCAAUUCAGAGUGUCUCCAAUAAACUGCCAGCCAGGCUGCUUGAUGUGCGAGUGUCUGUCUCUCUGUCUGCAGGGCUUCAUUUGUCUGUGUAGGCAUGCUGCUACUCUCUCCUCUCUCAGCGAGAUAAGGAGCACGUCGCGCCUGCUGGUGAGGAACCGCGUGGCGGGCUCAGCUGAUAACACAGCAGCCUAAUGUCGUACAGCAGCACAGAGCUUUAAAAAGGCAGGCAGGGGAAUGAGGCCUGAUAACAUCUCACCAGUCUCCUGAAUGUGAAUGAUGACCUAUGCUUGUCCUUGAGAGAGAGAGAGGGGUUGGCAUGAAAAAGUAAUCCUGGAGUAGAGUGUCAUUUGAUUAACUCUGUCCUGCCCGAUGUCAGUAAGCCUCUGUGUCUGUAUGUGCAUGCAAGGCUGGCACAGGACAGAAUGACAGGAAGCCCAAGGGACACACGGUUGCAUAACUCCUCUCACUCUGAUCUACCACUGUUCCUUAUUCUGAUCCUGCUCUUUGAUGCUACUGUUCCACUGUACUACCACUGCUGUUUUCAGUCAAAUGGACAGAAGGCCAGGACAGGCAUUAGCAGAAGGUCAAUCCAUAGCUGUUGGUAUAAUGUUUAGGCCUAUGUCCUUUCCUAUGCUCUGCGUUUGUUUGGUGUGUGUCUGUGAGGGAAAGAGAGCAGAUGUGUUUUUGUCUCUCUCUGUCAAUAAGAGCGUGCAGGUAUUAUCUUACUCAGCUGUAACAUAUUGACUGUGUGUGUCUCCGAUAUUCCUUAACCCAUUGGUCACUGUGCUGGAGGUGGUGGUGUGUUUCUUCUCUGUCUGGUCCAUAGUGGGCCUCUCUGGGUUCCACACAUACCUGAUCAGUUCCAACCAGACCACAAACGAAGAUGUGAGUACAUGUACACAACACACACACACACUGCGUCACAAGUUAAGAGGAUUGGUAGGUGUUUAAGUGCUGAAGUUCUUGUCUGUAAGACAUCCAGUACCUGCAGGGUUCCUCCAUUCCCCCAGCCUUCUUGUGUCCCCUACCAGAUUACACAUAUACACUACUAAACCCCCAGCCUUCUUCUGUCUCCUACCAGAUUACACAUAUACACUACUAAACCCCCAGCCUUCUCUGUCUCUACCAGAUUACACAUAUACACUACAAACCCCCAGACUUUUAUGUCUCCUACCAGAUUACACAUAUACACUACAUUAAACCCCAGCCGUCCUUCUGUAUCCUAACAGAUACACAUAACACGACUCAAACCCCCAGCCUUCUUCUGGUCAUCCUACCAGAUUACACAUAUACACUAAUAAACCCCCAGCCUCCUUUGUCUCCUACCAGGAAUACACUUAGACAUACUAAACCCCAGCAUUCUUCUGUCCCUACCAGCCUUCUUCUGUCUCCUACCAGAUUACACAUAUACACUACUAAACCCCCAGCCUUCUUCUGUCUCCUACCAGAUUACACAUAUACACUACUAAACUCCCAGCCUUCUCCUGUCUCCUACCACAUAUACACUACUAAACCCCCAGCCUUCUUGUGUCUCCUACCAGAUUACACAGAUACACUACUAAACUCCCAGCCUUCUUCUGUCUCCUACCAGAUUACACAUAUACACUACUAAACCCCCAGCCUUCUGCUGUCUCCUACCACAUAUACACUACUAAACCCCCAGCCUUCUUCUGUCUCCUACCAGAUUAUACAUAUACACUACUAAACCCCCAGCCUUCUGCUGUCUCCUACCACAUAGACACUACUAAACCCCCAGCCUUCUGCUGUCUCCUACCACAUAUACACUACUAAACCCCCAGCCUUCUCCUGUCUCCUACCAGAUUACACAUAUACACCAUUAAACCCCCAGCCUUCUCCUGUCUCCUACCACAUAUACACUACUAAACCCCUAGCCGUCUCCUGUCUCCUACCAAAUAGACACUACUAAACCCCCAGCCUUCUCCUGUCUCCUACCAGAUUACACAUAGACACUACUAGACCCAGGCAGCAAGUUGAGUUUUUCCUCUAGAGGAUAGAUGGUUGAGUGGAAGACAGCCAGAUCUCUUAGCUUUGACCUCAUUUAUUUCCAAGCAGUUUGCCUCAUCACUCACCACUGUAGACCUGCUUGUCUGGGACAUUAGUUACACACAGACAGAAAAAACAGAAAGUUCCCCUGAACAAAAGUCUAAGAAAAUUGAUCUUUCUUUUUUAAAGUUUUAACUGCUCCAUCACCGCACUGACUGUGACUGUUGUGUUUCUGUUUCAGAUAAAAGGGUUGUGGUCGUCUAAAAGAGGGAAAGGCAAUUAUAACCCCUACAGCUACGGAAACAUAUUCACCAACUGCUGCCAGGCACUGUGUGGACCCCUACCACCCAGGUAAGGACAGGCCUGUGUGUGUGUGCUUGCGUGUGGUAUUCUGGCAUAAUUUUUUUAGUUACUCAAAAUGUAACAUAUGGCCAGGGUUUGGUAGGUUACUUUCUAAAUGUAAUCAGUUAUUUACUAUUUACCUGUCCAAAAUUGUAAUUGGUAAUGUAACUUUUGAAUUACACAAACCCCGUAAUGUAAUCUGAUAACUUUUGAUGACUUUCCUAUUAAAGCCCCCAUGCAGUCUUUGUAAUUGUAUUUUUGCAUCACUCUAUGUCUAAUACAUCACUGUGUUUAUUUUAUGAAAAUAGCUCCAAAAUAUAUAUUUCUUUAUCAUUUAUUUCCCUGAGCCUCUUUUAGCCUUUGACAUGCUCAGUCUGAUCGUGUGGGCGUUAGGAAACCAAUCUGAAGAUGUUUACAUACACAUCCCUGAUUGGCUGAUAGGAUGGUCAAGAGCCCACCCCCUUACCCAGAUGAACAGUCAUUGGUCUAUUAUAAUCCGAUCAUUGUGAUGUCAUGAUGUGGGCCAAAAGUUCCAUCCUGAGCAGGCUGAAAUUCCAGGCAUUCUUUUUCAUACAGCUCUUACAUAAAAAGGGCACUGUCAUAAUUUUCACCAUUUCAGAGUGUUAUUUGAACUUCAUAGUGUUGAAAUUUGUUUUUAACUGCACUGCCCCUUUAAGAUUCAUUAGAAGAAGACAAAAAGGAUCCAUCAAACACAUUUGGUGUGUCAUCAUAGUGGUCUCUGACUUGUGAUCAGACUCACUCAGGUGAAAAAAAAUGUGUUUUUCCCAUCACUGUAAUUUCCUGCAUUGUCAGAAAGCUAAAAUAGGCCCAUCACACAGAGCUUAUCUUGAUGUCGCAAGACUGGAGAGCUGUUGCCUGCUGUGAAAUCAUCUCAUUCAGACCUCUUAUAGUACAGAGGAUUUCAGCACCUCCCAGUGAGAUCAAACUAUGCAGAUGGAUAACAGAUGUAGUAAUCAUUGUAGCUAUAAAGUCUUUGCCAGUCAUGGAUUUGUUGCUUAUUAACUGGUCUCAUUCAACACUUCAUAGCUGAAACCCCGUUCCGUGACUAUUUAGACCUAUGGUCUCCUUCUGUCCCACUCCCAACACCUGGGGCGGCAGGUAGCUUAGUGGUUAAGAGCGUUGUGCCAGUAACCGAAAGGUCGCUGGUUCUAAUCCCCGAGCCGACUAGGUGAAAAAUCUGUCGAUGUGCCCUUGAGCAAGGCACUUAACCCUAAUUGCUCCUGUAAGUCGCUCUGGAUAAGAGCGUCUGCUAAAUGACCCCCCCCCCUAUGUGCCUCCCCUCACAUUCUACACACUCUCUCUGUGGUGAAGGUGCUGGUUCUUCACACACUCUCAGCCUAGAUAGCCUCUAUCUCCCCUUAUCUUUACAGUCCAGUUUUCCCCUCUCUGACGAGACAACACAACACGCAGCAGCUCCUCUGUGGCUUGACUGUGGUUAACUCGAAGGCUCCAUUUCAAAUAGCACCCUAUUUCCUAUGUAGUGUACUACUUUGACCAGGGCAUAGGCAUAGGGUUCUGGUCAAAAGUAGUGCCCUAUAUAGGGAAUAGGGUGCCAUUUGGGACACAUAUAAAGGCAUGGUACAGUGCGUCAGUAGCAGGUCAUUAACAGUGAGACAAGACAGUCUCUCCUAGGUAAAACACAUGUACAGACAAGGGGGAAACGGGAUAAACAGGGCAGAGUGGUUAGAGGCUUUUAGUCCUGGGCUUGUCAGUGUGUUUUACUGCACUCUGUGUGAGAGUCCCAACCCAGCCUCCACUGCCCACAGCAUUACUCACUGGUAAUGACUCUCCUGGGUGGCGGUCCUCAAUGGGCAGGUGGUGGGCAAGGGGGGCGGAGUGAGUGAGUGUGUGUGUGUGUGUAUGUGUUUGUUUGUGCAUGUACAUUCUGUUUGUCUUCUUCAGUUCACCUCCACUGAAUUCCUGUAAGAGACUGGCUAUCUCAGAGUCAACAGGCUCUCUGUUACUGAUUACCCUACACACACACACACACACACACACACACACACACACACACACACACACACACACACACACAGGCCUCCCUCAGAGCUGUGUUUCCACUGGAAGAGUUGUUUGUAUUCAGUUAGAGCUGAGCUGUGUCACUGUUUCAUAUCAACACAAAGCCCCUCCAUAUUGAUGAAUGGAUGUUAUCACACACGGUUAGUCCAUGACUUAGUCUCUCUAUGUGCUUACACAUAAUCACACACACCCUUAUACAAACACACGUACACACUCAGACACACAUACAUGCUCAGACACACACACACACACACACAACACUAUAAGACAAUCAUGUUGCUUAACCUCAGCAGGUUCCUGCCUAACCAGCUAUGUCUCAGCCCAGCAAAUGUAGUGAUAGAACAGAAAUAAUGAUUCACUCCGCUGAUCUUUGCAUGACCUCAAUGACUGAUUACCAAGAGGAGUGCCUGCAUACAGAGUGAAACAUUAGGCACAACACAACUCUCCCCUUCUGGGGUUCUCUGGUGUCUGUCUAUGGCAGCUGUGAAGUUUUGGCCCUCCUAUUCCUUCACAAUAUUGACUCUCAGAAAGUCAUUUCCUCUGUAUUCUGCAUCCUGUUAACAUCGAGUUACAUUGUGUAAGGAUAUCUGCCAAUGAUUGAAAUUAGAGUAUUCAAGGAAAUCAAAGCAUUUCAUUUACAAAAUCUCUGUUUAAGUGUAGUUGUUUUGGCAGGAUCACUGCAAAAUAAAUAUACCGUUUCAGCCUUGCUUCAAAGGACGGUAUUGAAAUAGACUUGGACCUAAGCCUGAUUCAUUUGUCGAGGAAGUAGGACCCUAUAAAAUCAGUUUUUAUUUUGUACCUGAUUUCGUUUAGUUUUCAGGUUUUCCCUCUCAAAAUGACACUUUUUAAAUAGGAAAACAACAAAAUGGGAUGUUCUAAGUCCAUAACAAUGCUUAAACCACAUCAGGAUACCACUUUUGAAGUCUGGGAAAAAUGGAAGAAAUCUUAAUUUUUUGGUGUAGUUACCCUUUAAUGUAAGUGCCCACCAGCAAGCACUCAGAGUUUUCAAAACUGGCCACUGGAUUGAUGCAAAUAAUCAUGAUAUCAUUCUGCCAGGUAGGCGUAGGCUACUUUGUAGUUAACAUUUCAUUGAGAAGGUUUUUAGGAAAGCCUUUCCAUCUCUACCAGAAGAAGGUAUAAGCAUCAUCGCUAUAUGCUACACAAAGUGUGGACUUUGAUGGACUGUUGUUUCAACUUGAUAGCUUCUUCUUGAGAAAUGGAUGAUGACACACACAACUCAUUUUAGACUUUCACUUUCUCUUCAGUAUCUCAGCAGUGUCUACUUGACGUGUGAUUGUUCAUUAAUUAGAUGGAUGACUAAUACAAUACUGCUCACCUACAGUUGAAGUCAGAGGUUUACAUACACCUUAGCCAAAUACAUUUAAACUCAGUUUCUCACAAUUCCUGACCAUUAAUCCAAGUAAAAAUUCCCUGUCUUAGGUCAGUUGGGAUCACCACCUUAUUUUAAGAAUGUGAAAUGUCAGAAUAAUAGUAGAGAGAAUGAUUUAUUUCAGCUUUUAGUUCUUUCAUCACAUUCCCAGUGGGUCAGAAGUUUACAUACACUCAAUUAGUAUUUAGUAGCAUUGCCUUUAAAUUGUUUAACUUGGGUCAAACGUUUCGGGUAGCCUUCCACAAGCUUCCCACAAUAAAUUGGGGAAUUUUGGCCCAUUCCUCCUGACAGAGCUAGUGUAACUGAGUCAGGUUUGUAGGCCUCCUUGCUCGCACACGCUUUUUCAGUUCUGCCCACAAAUGUUCUAUAGGAUUUGUGAUGGCCACUCCAAUACCUUGACUUUGUUGUCCUUAAGCCAUUUUGCCACAACUUUGGAAGUAUGCUUGGGGUCAUUGUCCAUUUGGAAGACCCAUUUGCGACCAAGCUUUAAUUUCCUGACUGAUGUCUUGAGAUGUUGCUUCAAUAUAUCCACAUAAUUUUUCCUUCCUCAUGAUGCCAUCUAUUUUGUGACAUGCACCAGUCCCUCCUGCAGCAAAGCACCCCCACAGCAUGAUGCUGCCACCCCCGUGCUUCACGGUUGGGAUGGUGUUCUUCGGCUAGCAACCAUCCCCCUUUUUCUUCCAAACAUAACGAUGGUCAUUAUGGCCAAACAAUAAUAUUUUUGUUUAAUCAGACCAGAGGACAUUUCUCCAAAAAGUACGAUCUUUGUCCCCAUGUGCAGUUGCAAACCGUAGUCUGGCUUUUUUAUGGCGGUUUUGGAGCAGUGGCUUCUUCCUUGCUGAGCAGCCUUUCAGGUUAUGUCGAUAUAGGACUUGUUUUACUGUGGAUAUAGAUACUUUUGUACCGGUUUCCUCCAGCAUCUUCACAAGGUCCUUUGCUGUUGUUCUGGGAUUGAUUUGCACUUUUCGCACCAAAGUACGUUCAUCUCUAGGAGACAGAACGCGUCUCCUUCCUAUGCGGUAUGACGGCUGCGUAGUCCCAUGGUGUUUAUAGUUGCGUACUAUUGUUUGUACAGUUGAACGUGGUACCUUCAGGCGUUUGGAAAUUGCUCACAAGGAUGAACCAGACUUGUGUAGGUCUACCAUUUUUUCCCCCACUGGCUAUAAGGUGAAUGCACCUAUUUGUAAGUCGCUCUGGAUAAGAGCGUCUGCUAAAUGACGUAAAUGUAAAUGUCUUGGCUGAUUUCUUUUAUUUUUCCCAUGAUGUCAAGCAAAGAGGCACUUAGUUUGAAGGUAGGCCUUGAAAUACAUCCACAGGUACAUCUUCAAUUGACUCAAAUUAUGUCAAUUAGCCUAUCAGAAGCUUCUAAAGCCAUUACAUUUUCUGGAUUUUUCCUAGCUGUUUAAAGGCACAGUCAAUUUAGUGUAUGUAAACUUCUGACCCACUGGAAUUGUGAUACAGUGAAUUAUAAGUGAAAUAAUCUGUCUGUAAACAAUUUUUUGAAAAAUGACUUGUGUCAUGCAUAAAGUAGAUGUCCUAACCGACUUGCCAAAACUAUAGUUUGUUAACAAGAAAUGUGUGGAGUGGUUGAAAAACUAGUUUUAAUGACUCCAACCUAAGUGUAUGUAAACUUCCGACUUCAACUGUAUGUACAGUGGGGAGAACAAGUAUUUGAUACACUGCCAAUUUUGCAGGUUUUCCUACUUGUAGGGGUCUGUAAUUUUUAUCACAGGUACACUUCAACUGUGAGAGACGGAAUCUAAAACAAAAAUCCAGAAAAUCACAUUGUAUGAUUUUUAAGUAAUUAAUUUGCAUUUUAUUGCAUGACAUAAGUAUUUGAUCACCUACCAACCAGUAAGAAUUCCGGCUCUCACAGACUUUUCUUUAAGAAGCCCUCCUGUUCUCCACUCAUUACCUGUAUUAACUGCACCUGUUUGAACUCGUAACCUGUAUAAAAGACACCUGUCCACACACUCAAUCAAACAGACUCCAACCUCUCCACGAUGGCCAAGACCAGAGAGCUGUGGAAGGACAUCAGGGAUAAAGUUGUAGACCUGCACAAGGCUGGGAUGGGCUACAGGACAAUAGGCAAGCAGCUUGGUGAGAAGGCAACAACUGUUGGCGCAAUUAUUAGAAAAUGGAAGAAGUUCAAGAUGACGGUCAAUCACCCUCGGUCUGGGGCUCCAUGCAAGAUCUCACCUCGUGGGGCAUCAAUGAUCAUGAGGAAGGUGAGGGAUCAUCUCAGAACUACACGGCAGGACCUGGUCAAUGACCUGAAGAGAGCUGGGACCACAGUCUCAAAGAAAACCAUUAGUAACACACUACGCCGUCAUGGAUUAAAAUCCUGCAGCGCACGCAAGGUCCCCCUGCUUAAGCCAGCGCAUGACCAGGCCCGUCUGAAGUUUGCCAAUGACCAUCUGGAAGAUCCAGAGGAGGAAUGGGAGAAGGUCAUGUGGUCUGAUGAGACAAAAAUAGAGCUUUUUGGUCUAAACUCCACUCGCCGUGUUUGGAGGAAGAAGAAGGAUGAGUACAACCCCAAGAACACCAUCCCAACCGUGAAGCAUGGAGGUGGAAACAUCAUUCUUUGGGGAUGCUUUUCUGCAAAGGGGACAGGACGAAUGCACUGUAUUGAGGGGAGGAUGGAUGGGGCCAUGUAUCGCGAGAUCUUGGCCAACAACCUCCUUCCCUCAGUAAGAGCAUUGAAGAUGGGUCGUGGCUGGGUCUUCCAGCAUGACAACGACCCGAAACACACAGCCAGGGCAACUAAGGAGUGGCUCCGUAAGAAGCAUCUCAAGGUCCUGGAGUGGCCUAGCCAGUCUCCAGACCUGAACCCAAUAGAAAAUCUUUGGAGGUAGCUGAAAGUCCGUAUUGCCCAGCGACAGCCCCGAACCUGAAGGAUCUGGAGAUGGUCUGUAUGGAGGAGCAGUGUGUGCAAACCUGGUCAAAACCUACAGGAAACAUAUGAUCUCUGUAAUUGCAAACAAAGGUUUCUGUACCAAAUAUUAAGUUCUGCUUUUCUGAUGUAUCAAAUACUUAUGUCAUGCAAUAAAAUGCAAAUGAAUUACUUAAAAAUCAUACAAUGUGAUUUUCUGGAUUUGGAUUACAGACCUCUACAUGCUUUGUAAGUAGGAAAACCUGCAAAAUCGGCAGUGUAUCAAAUACUUGUUCUCCCCACUGUAUAUAUAUACACUACCAGUCAAAAGUUUUAGAACACCUACUCAUUCAAGGUUUUUUCUUUAUUUUCACUAUUUUCUACAUUGUUUCAAAUAACACAAAUGGAAUCAUGUAGUAACCAAAGAAGUGUUAAACAAAUCAAAAUAUAUUUUAUAUUUCAGAUUCUUCAAAUAGCCACCCUUUGCCUUGAUGACAGCUUUGCACACUCUUGGCAUUCUCUCAACCAGCUUCACCUGGCAUGCUUUUCCAACAGUCUUGAAGGAGAUCCCACAUAUGCUGAGCACUUGUUGACUGCUUUUCCUUCACUCUGCGGUCCGACUCAUCCCAAACCAUCUCAGUCUGGUUGAGGUCAGGGGAUUGAGGAGGCCAGGUCAUCUGAUGCAGCACUCAUCACUCUCCUUCUUGGUAAAAUAGCCCUUACACAGCCUGGAGGUGUGUUGGGUCAUUGUCCUGUUGAAAAACAAAUGAUAGUCACACUAAGCCCAAACCAGAUUGGAUGACGUAUAGCUGCAGAAUGCUGUGGUAGCCAUGCUGGUUAAGUGUGCCUUGAAUUCUAAAUAAAUCACAGACAGUGUCACCGGCAAAGCACCCCCACACCAUAACACCUCCUCCUCCAUGCUUUACGGUGGGAAAUACACAUGUGGAGAUCAUCCGUUCACCCACACCGCAUCUCACAAAGACACGGCUGUUGGAACCAAAAAUCUCAAAUUUGGACUCCAGACCAGAGGACAAAUUUCCACCUGUCUAAUGUCCAUUGCUCGUGUUUCUUGGCCCAAGCAAGUUUCUUCUUCUUAUUUGUGACCUUUAGUAGUGGUUUCCCUGCAGCAAUUUGACCAUGAAGGCCUGAUUCACACAGUCUCCUCUGAACAGUUGAUGUUGAGAUGUGUCUGUUAAUUGAACUCUGUGAAGCAUUUAUUUGGGCUGCAAUUUCUGAGGCUGGUAACUCUAAUGUGCUUAUCCUCUGCAGCAGAGGUAACUCUGGGUCUUCCAUUCCUGUGGCGGUCCUCAUGAGAGCCAGUUUCAUCAUAGCGCUUGAUGGUUUUUGUGACUGCACUUGAAGAAACUUUAAAAGUUAUUGAAAUGUUCCGUAUUGACUGACCUUCAUGUCUUAAAGUAGUGAUGGACUGUCGUUUCUCUUUGCUUAUUUUAGCUGUUCUUGCCAUAAUGUGGACUUGGUCUUUUACCAAAUAGGGCUAUCUUCUGUAUCUUGUCACAACACAACUGAUUGGCUCAAACGCAUUAAGAAAGAAAGAAAUUCCACAAAUUAACUUUUACCAAGGCACACCUGUUAAUUGAAAUGCAUUCCAGGUGACUACCUCAUGAAGCUGGUUGAGAGAAUGCCAAGAGUGUGCAAAGCUGUAAAGGUAAAGGGUGGCUAUUUGAAGAAUCUCAAAUAUAAAAUAUUAUUUGAUUUGUGUAACAGCUUUUUGGUUAAUACAUGAUUCCAUAUGUGUUAUCUCAUAGUUUUGAUGUCUUCACUUUUAUUCUACAAUGUAGAAAAUACUAAAAAUAAAGAAAAACCCUUGAAUGAGAAGGUGUUCUAAAACUUUUGACCGGUAGUGUAUACACACACGCAUUCAUGUGCCGUUUCAGAAAGUUGCAGGAAAAUACGAAUCAUUUACAUUUACAUCAUUUAGCAGACGCUCUUAUCCAGAGCGACUUACAAAUUGGUGCAUUCAACUUAUGAUAGCCAGUGGGACAACCACCUUUUAUUUUUUUAUAUAUAUAUUUUCUUUCUUUUUGUCCUUUUUUUUAUGGGGGGGUGGGGGAAGAAGGAUUACUUUUAUACUAUUCCAGGUAUUCCUAAAGAGGUAGGGUUUCAAGUGUCUCCGGAAGGUGGUCAGUGACUCCGCUGUCCUGGCGUCGUGGGGGAGUUCACUGAUGCAUUUUGUUAAUGUCUUAUGAUUAUGAUUAACUUUGGCAAAUUAAUACAUUUUCUAAUAAGUUCAAUAAAAAAAAGUAUAUUGUUGAAUUCCGUUUUAAUGUCUGGAUUCCUUGAUUGUGUCCGUGUUCUCCGCAACACAGAUUAUAUAGGGCCCUAAGGAAGGGAUCUACAAUAUUAUAAUAUCAUUGAAUGGUUUCCUCAGAUAUGUCUCUCUCUCUUCAGUCUCAUCGACAGAAGAGGCUUUGUCCAAACAGACACGGCGCAGCCCAUCCCGCCAACCAAUGGCACAAUGUAUGGAUCCACCCAAUCACAGAGCCACAUGGUAAGCCAUUCUCCACUCAUUCUUUUUCAAACCUACUUAUGGCCAUCAUGUCAGUGCAAACCCUCAAACCCCGACCCUGGUCAUCUUAAUAUGGCUUAUGUACUGCCUUAAUUACCACAUAUACUGAACAGAAAUAUAAAUGCAACAUAUAAAGUAUUGGUCCCAUGUUUCAUGAGCUGAAAUAAGAGAUCACAGAAAUGUUCCAUACGCACAAAUUAGUUUACAUCCCUGUUAGUGAGCCUUUCUCCUUUGUCAAGAUAAUCCAUCCACCUAACAGGUGUUGCAUGUCAAGAAGCUGAUUAAACAGCAUGAUCAUUACACAGGUGCACCUUGUGCUGGGGACAAUAAAAGGCCACUCUAAAAUGUGCAGUUUUGUCACACAAGACAAUGCCACAGAUGUCUCAAGUUUUGAGGGAGCGUGCAAUUGGCAUGCUGAAUGCAGAAAUGUCCACCCGAGCUGUUGCCAGAGAAUUUUAUGUUCAUUUCUCUACCAUAAGCCACCCCCUGCCCAGUCAUAGAUCAGGGCCUAAUUUAUUUAUUUCAAUUGAGGGAUGAACUGUAACUCAGUAAAAUCUUUGAAAUUGUUGCAUGUUGCAUUUAUAUUUCUGUUCUGUGUGUGUGUGUGUGUGUGUGUGUGUGUAUGUAUGUAUGUAUGUAUGUAUGUAUGUGUGUAUAUAUAUAUAUAUAUAUAUAUGCGUGCGCGCACACACACACACACACACACACACACACACACACACACACACACACACACAGUGAGGGGAAAAAAGUAUUUGAUCCCCUGCUGAUUUUGUACGUAAAGCCCACUGACAAAGACAUGAUCAGUCUAUAAUUUUAAUGGUAGGUUUAUUUGAACAGUGAGAGAAAUCCAGAAAAACGCAUGUCAAAAUUUUUAUAAAUUGAUUUGUAUUUUAAUGAGGGAAAUAAGAAUUUGACCCCUCUGCAAAACAUGACUUAGUACUUGGUGGCAAAACCCUUGUUGGCAAUCACAGAGGUCAGACGUUUCUUGUAGUUGGCCACCAGGUUUGCACACAUCUCAGGAGGGAUUUUGUCCCACUCCUCUUUGCAGAUCUUCUCCAAGUCAUUAAGGUUUCGAGGCUGACGUUUGGCAACUCGAACCUUCAGCUCCCUCCACAGAUUUUCUAUGGGAUUAAGGUCUGUAGACUGGCUAGGCCACUCCAGGACCUUAAUGUGCUUCUUCUUGAGCCACUCCUUUGUUGCCUUGGCCGUGUGUUUUGGGUCAUUGUCAUGCUGGAAUACCCAUCCACAACCCAUUUUCAAUGCCCUGGCUGAGGGAAGGAGGUUCUCACCCAAGAUUUGACGGUACAUGGCCAUCGUCCCUUUGAUGCGGUGAAGUUGUCCUGUCCCUUAGCAGAAAAACUCCCCCAAAGCAUAAUGUUUCGACCUCAUGUUUGACGGUGGGGAUGGUGUUCUUGGUGUCAUAGGCAGCAUUCCUCCUCCUCCAAACACGUCGAGUUGAGUUGAUGCCAAAGAGCUCGAUUUUGGUCUCAUCUGACCACAACACUUUCACCCAGUUCUCCUCUGAAUCAUUCAGAUGUUCAUUGGCAAACUUCAGACGGGCAUGUAUAUGUGCUUUCUUGAGCAGGGGGACCUUGCGGGCGCUGCAGGAUUUCAGUCCUUCACGGCGUAGUGUGUUACCAAUUGUUUUCUUGGUGACUAUGGUCCCAGCUGCCUUGAGAUCAUUGACAAGAUCCUCCCGUGUAUUUCUGGGCUGAUUCCUCACCGUUCUCAUGAUCAUUGCAACUCCACGAGGUGAGAUCUUGCAUGGAGCUCCAGGCCGAGGGAGAUUGACAGUUAUUUUGUGUUUCUUCCAUUUGCGAAUAAUCACACCAACUGUUGUCACCUUCUCACCAAGCUGCUUGGCGAAUGUCUUGUAGCCCAUUCCAGCCCUGUGUAGGUCUACAAUCCUGUCCCUGACAUCAUUGGAGAGCUCUUUGGUCUUGGCCAUGGUGGAGAGUUUGGAAUCUGAUUGAUUGCUUCUGUGGACAGGUUACUUUUAUACAGGUAACGAGCUGAGAUUAGGAGCACAGCUCGUUACCUGUAUAAAAGACACCUCGGAGCCAGAAAUCUUUCUGAUUGAGAGGGGGUCAAAAAACGUAUUUCCCUCAUUAAAAUGCAAAUCAAUUGAUAACAUUUUUGACAUGCGUUUUUCUGGAUUUUGUUGUUACUCUGUCUCUCACUGUUCAAAUAAACCUACCAUCAAAAUUAUAGACUGAUAAUUUCUUUGUCAGUGGGCAAACGUACAAAAUCAGCAGGGGAUCAAAUACUUUUUUCCCUCACUGUAUGUGUGUGUGUGUGUGUGUGUGUGUGUGUGUGUGUGUGUGUGUGUGUGUAUAUAACAAGCAUAGUGAACAGUGAUAUCAAAAGUUCAGGCAUUCCGUGCCAUGAGUGGAUGAUGGCCGCACAGUGACCCGUCUUUGGCUGACUCACCCUGGGAAACCCAGGACACGGUAUGGCAGCUGUUGCUGUGCCCGGCCCUGAUUGCGUGGCAAUGCCAGCCUCUCCAGCUCUCCACUCAUAGCACUGUAGCCUGGUUGUUCAGCUGUUGUCUUAUAUCCUGCACCUUUUUUUCAUCUGUAGACAACGGCUCAACUGUCCGCCUUGCAAACUAGAUGGAUAAACUAUCCCAAUCAAUCUCUGUGGAAUUAUGAUGACCAGCGGCAUCAUGGUGUAUUAUUGCAAUCAUCAACAUUGGUACUUGGUUUAGGCAAGGGCAGGGUAGGGUUAGAGCGUCUCUCUCUUUUCUCUCUCUCCCUCCCUCCUCUGGAUACCAAUUCUCUCUCUCCGGAGGAGCUCCGGAGAACAAGCUAUGCAAGAGCUCAGUUAGGAUAGACAAACACUGCUCCUCCCCUCAUCAUCCCACGCUAGAAUGCCAACAAAGGCUGUUGAUCUCUCAUCUCUCUCCCUCUCAAUCCAAAUCUAUUUAGCCAAUCUCAUUUCCAUCUCAGGUCCACAGAUUGGAACAAGUCAACUGUUGCAAAUAGUGGGUUGUUUAUGUUAUUAUUCACACAGAUUUUACCCAUGAUGCUCUGUGAUCUGCCAUUAUGGCUGGGAAAUAGGUCAGCAGCAGGAGGAGGAGGGGCGUGUGUGUGUGCACUG